AUGUCCGAACUGAGCCUGGCGGUGCCCGUCAAACUUGACGCUUUCGUCUUCAAUCAAUCAGUAUGUGACGGCACCGACGCGUCCAGUGCCAAAAUCGCACCCAUCGGACAACCCAACUAUACAUUUCUGCGCAUGACCAACUACAUGGUGCAGCAUGAUGUCUUGGAUCCAGUUGAUCUGCACAAUUCGGCUCCGUCGACCAUCAAUUCCCGUUUCACAGACGUAGGCCGGAACAUCGUACGACAAAAUCGGGUCGGAGUCUAUCUGCACUGGAUGAUGCCACGGCCCUUUCGUGGAAGUACCGUCAACACCAAAUCAGCCCGACCCCAACAGCAUCAGAGGGAAAGGGCCAUGGGGAUCCAAAGGACGUCAAACGAGGAAAAUGAUGAGGGUGACCUCACCACGCCAAUAUUUCUCCAGGUCCCCAAUCGUUGGCUGAUCGUUCGGACUCUGGAUCCUGAUGCUCCCACCACACUCCCUCCAGGCACCAAAAUCGAGAAGACCCGGGCGUGGGUGGUUGAAAGUGACCGAACUCGCUCGAUUGACGACCUCGGCCAGGAGGUCGACUUGCAGGUCGACGUGUCACCGUUCUUGACCACCUUCGUGCGCAAGCACACUGACCCCAAGGAUAUCAGCGUCGACGAGCAAGCCGAAGUCUUCAUUGGGUCUUGCGAAGAUGCACAGAGCUGGAAAGAAAAGGACGCAGACCCGCUCAAUCCCCGAGUCGAGAUCACGGCGGCGAGCACGUCCAACCAGCUGUUCAUGGACUACCAAUACCACUGCGGCAAUGUAUUUUCCAUGGUGGACACCUUCGACUACAAAGACGCCGACGGCAAGGUUCGCCACCUCGAGGCUGCAUGCGCAAGCUAUUAUGUGAUUGGGUGGCAGAGUGACAAGGAGAAGGAUCUCUUGAACUUAGCUGCUGGAUUGAGUCGACAGGAGAGGAUCAACGCCUUGUCCAUGGCGUUAAAGUCCGAGACCGUGCCCGAUAGGGACAACGUGAAGAAGUGGCUGGAUUCUCAUGUAUCGACCCGGUCGGUUUUCCACGGUGCGCUCUACGAUGUCGAGUGGGCUGACAAAUGGGAUCUGGAGAAAAAGAAGAAGCCCAGAAUCCCUGCCGACGAGUUUGCACAGAAAUUUGUGCAAGGGAAGAAUAUCGCGGUCGGCACGACGCCAAUUGAUACCAUCCUCGCCCACGUCUCCAAGCACCACCAAGGGUCGGACCUCGAGGGCUUCAUCUCCAAACUCGACGCUUACUUGAGAGCUGAAGAUGAGACUGUCUCCGGCCAAGUCAUUGCAGCGGAUGAAGUUCAGAACUUGCAUUUCGCCCGCCUCGACGGGGGAGAUCGGUACACCCUCUCCGAGACAGACCUGAAAAAUCCCGCGAAAAUGCCCACGAAGGAUGAGCUCGGUCGCCUCAGAGACCUGAAUGCUCAGCAGCUCUGGUACGAUAGCAUGAUGCGGCGAGUCCAACAGCUUCGAUGGGGCCUCUUUGCCGUGUGGUGGAAGUACAUCUCCGACAUCGACAAUGAAAACGGCGGCCACAAUGACACGUACAAGGACCAAGCCAGUAAACUGAUGAAGAUAUAUCAACGGCUGGAAAAAAAAGCCGGGUGCAUCAAGAAGAUCAUCGACGAUGCCGGAGGUCCCCGGAGCAAGCAGUUUGUCACGCCCCCCCAGAAAGCCGUGCAAGGCAGUUUCUAUCAGCAGAAUGACCCCACGUUGCUCAUGGCGGGCUUGAUUAACGGCUGGCCGACGGACUUUAAAGAGAAGCUCGAAGUUCGACUCGAGAUGCAGAUCCAAUUUGACAGCCCCAGUGACGAUGAGACCAAGAAAAGGUUCCCUGUCGAGGUCAUACCAUGUGAGUCGAUUCGACGCACCGCCAUCAGACUGGUCAAGGAAUUUCUGGCGCUGGAUCCAAGAGCGAAGCAGCCUGCCGACAAGCUUCUGCCACUGUACCACGAUCUCCUGUAUCCCGAGGAAGUCGAGAGCCCCGACAACUAUUGGCGCGACCGGUGGUCAUCCCGACAACCGUGGUUUCCGCUGUUCAUCGAGUGGGAGGCGGACUACUACCACAUACGCUUUGACCGGUGGGGACUUAAGGAUCAUCCUUCGCCGGCCCAGCCCAGUGCCAAUCGUAUCGCGUACGGCCUCGUCGGGGACGUCACGCGGGAAUUCGCAGGCGACAAACGACGAAUCUCUGGGCGGACCUUGAUUCUGCCGCAGCCCAACUUUUCCCUGGACGUGCGUCUCGAGCGACUGUUCAAGACUAUCCCGAAGGACGAACUGGAGAAGAAGCUCAAGCCGGAUGAGCAGGCCAAGUUGAAAUGCGGCCUGAACAAGCUGGGCUUCCUCUCUUCGCCCUUGGCCGGGCUGAGCGACCACCUGGCCACGCGAUACAAUGGAACCCACGUCAAGCCGCUUGUCAGCGUGCCGGGUCAGAAGCCAGUCCCGCUCCGCGAGGCCCGAGAGGCGGCGAGCAAGAUCGGCAUCACGGAUGAAAUGCUCCAGACGAUCAACACGGAGAGCACGCCGACACCGUACGGAGCAUUGGUGGCACUGCCCAACAACGGCCUCCCCGGCUUCAAGCCCGUCACACACGGACAAAUGCGAUUCACCAAGUUGAACGUCGUGGACAAGUUCGGCCAGGUGGCGCACGCGACGGAUCCCUUGGUCGACGACGUGCCCCCGACGCCCCUGGCCCUGGGCGAGUACUACGCCACCACGCCGACAAAGGCGGGAAACCAGCCCAACGUGGUAAUCCCGCCCAAGGACAUGGCCAGCUACCACGACGAGUUCAUCCAGCUGCCGCCCAUGAUCAACCAGCCCGCGAGACUCAACGCCGAGUUCAUGAUCCCGCCCGCCACAGACGCCGGGAACUGGCGCCUGGCGGACUCGUGGGACAUCCCCGAACCAGCGCCCGAGUCUGAAUCCGGGGGCAUACCGCUGUGGGGGUGGGUGGUGGUCAACUUCCCAGACAACGGCCUGCAGUUCUUCCUGGCCGACGGAACCUUCUACCGCGAGGUCCGUAUCACCCAAGGCAGUCAGUCCACGCAGAAGUGGCUCCCCCUGCCUCCGCCCGCCACCAUCGCCCCGGACAGCACCACCCAGCUAGACUGGCUGAUCCGCAAGAUGACUGACGGAGGGGACGACGCAAAGGCGUACCUAGCGGAGUUCAUGGACAUGGUCACGAGCUCGGUCGAGCACCUGAGCGAAGCGCCGGAUGCGUACGGGCAGUUUCCGAACGCACUGGUCGGCAGGCCGCUGGCGCUCGUCUAUGCCGGGUGGUCGCUGGAGCUGGCGGCUGACUCGCGCAAGAACGAGUCGACGGCCGGCGGACAGCACCCGGACAAGCGGCUCCCGAUCGGCCUGCUCGAGGGCGACGGCGACCUGCGGUACCAGUUCCCGGUCAAGUUGGGCGAUAAGGACCGCCAGCACGACGGGCUGGUUGGGUACUUCGAGGCGCGCGACGACGUGAAGCGGCCCAAGCAGGGCCACGGCGACGACUUCGAGCUCACCAAGUGCUUCACCUACUACGGCCACAACCCGGCGCCCGUCUACGACGAGAAGAGUAAGCAGCUGCUCACCGACGUGUCGGCCAAGUAUCCCACCCUGCCGGCGACGUGGGUUGACCCAGACAAGGACGACGACGACGGUGGCACCCUCCAAGACGCGGCCCGACGGUACGAGGCGCGCCGGGCCGCCACGUUUGUGCGCUUUGCCGCGAUUAUCGACCCCUUCCUGCCCGUCAACGCCUACUCUAGUAUGCUGCCCAUCAAGUCGCUCAAACUGCCGACGUGGACGUGGGAGGCGGCGUUCAAGAAGAUGACGACCUUCUUCCACGCGGGCCCCGUCGUAGUCCUCGACGACGUGCCCUCCUUCGAUGCCGCCAAGCAGCUUACGGAGAGGUAUGAUUUGGCGGGCGCCGACGUCGCGUCUGCCAUUGCCAUGCCGGCCCUGCAGGUGGCGGAGUGGAAUUGGCUCCAGCCGUAUAGUGUGGCUGAGAAGGAUCACAAGCAGCAGCAGCAGCAGCCACCAUCAUUACCAGCAUUAUCAUUCUCCUCCUCGUCAUCAUUACCAUCAUCCCAUCUAAUUUCAAAGACUGAAGAUGAAGCUGGAGACGAAGAUGAGGACGAGGAAGAUUCGGAAGACUGGGACAGCACCUUCGGAGACGACGGGCCCCCCCAGCUCAAGUUCAAAACGUCGUACAUGCCACUGGGAGUCAAGAAGAUCGACGUCCAGCCCGUGUUCGCGAGAGGUCCGUACACCGCCAUCGAAGGAUACAUGCAGCUCCGAGGGCCGAUUGAGAAUAAACCGCCCGGGUAA